UUAAUCCCUAUAAGUAACUACUCACUACUAAGUCCAAUAUCAGAUCUCCAAAACCGUAGUCAGGGCAGCAUGAAGGUUCUAGUUUCCAUCACAAUUUUCGGUCUUCUCGCAGCAUUCAUUGCUGGCGAGAGAUGUCAAGGAGCAGCCGACUGCACUCUGGAGACAUGCGCUUCUGGGUCAUUUAUCGGCUGCACACAGGGAAUAUGCACGUGCCUUACGGAGAGACGUUGUCGUGGACUUCGGGACUGCUAUGGACUUCCGGCCUGCCCGGACCAGGACGCUUCCUGGCACUGCUUUGACAACGUCUGCAAGUGCAUUGACAUCUAACGUGAUCGUACUUAUUUGUAUUGGCAUAAAUAAACAAAUG